GCGGGGCAGAAUGUCUCACAGGAAAUUUGACCAAGACAUGGUUAACUUGGAUUUCUUCCAAGGAAGCGAGCUUCUCGUCACAGAGGGAAAGUGAAGGCAUUUCCUAAGGAUGAUACAAGCAAACCUUGCAAGCUCACUGCCUUUUUGGGUUACAAGGCUAGCAUGACACACAUUGUUCGAGAGGUUGAGAAGCCUGGAUCUAAACUUCACAAGAAAGAGACAUGUGAAGCCGUUACGAUCAUUGAAACCCCUUCAAUGCUGAGUGUUGGGGUUGUUGGAUACGUCAAGACACCCCGCGGUCUCCGCAGCUUGAACACUGUAUGGGCUCAGCAUCUGAGUGAGGAGGUCAAGCGUAGGUUCUACAAGCAUUGGUGCAAGUCCAAGAAGAAGGCGUUCACCAAGUACUCAAAGCAGUACGAGAGUGAAGAAGGGAAGAAGAGUGUCGAGGCUCAGUUGGAAAAGAUUAAGAAAUAUGCCACUGUUGUUAGUGUUUUGGCCCACACUCAGAUUAGAAAAAUAAAGGGAUUGAAGCAGAAGAAAGCACACCCAAUGGAGAAUCAAGUCAAUGGUAGAACAAUUGCCGACAAGGUUGAUUUUGCUUACAAGUUUUUUGAGAAGCAAGUCCCCAUUGAUGCUGUUUUCCAGAAGGAUGAAAUGAUUGAUAUCAUUGGUGUCACUAAGGGUAAAGGUUAUGAAGGUGUUGUCACUCGUUGGGGUGUCACACACCUACCCCGCAAGACCCACAGAGGUCUGCGUAAGGUUGCUUGUAUCGGUGCCUGGCAUCCUGCUAGAGUCUCAUUUACUGUUGCCAGGGCAGGUCAGAACGGAUACCAUCAUCGUACUGAGAUGAACAAGAAGGUUUACAGGGUUGGCAAGGUUGGUGAUGAAGCCCACUCUGCCAUUACCGACUAUGACAGGACCGAGAAAGAUAUUACACCCAUGGGUGGCUUCCCUCACUAUGGUGUUGUGAAGAGUGAUUAUCUGAUGAUCAAAGGGGGCUGUGACGGACCUAAGAAGAGGGUUGUUACGCUUCGCCAGUCUCUGAUUAACCAGACGUCCCGUGUGACAUUGGAGGAAAUCAAACUCAAGUUCAUAGACACCUCCUCCAAGUUUGGGACGGGCGUUUCCAGACAACACAAGAAAAACAGAAAUUCUAUGGUCGGCUCAAGGCGUAAAUUCGCAAACUGGUCUAGAGUUUUCAUUGUCGUAUGUUUUAGGUUUUGUUAUUCCCCUAGGUUAAUUUAUUGUCGUUCUCUAUUCUGUUUUGAAAUACAUCAGUUAGAUUAAUUUGGCUUUAU